GAUGAUGGAGAAUGGGAUCAAUGUUUAAAAGAAGCCUCUGUUAUGCGUAGCGGCUCACAACUGAGAGCACUUUUUGCAGUUAUUCUUACCCAAUGUACUCCUACUUAUCCAGAGAAAUUAUGGCUAAACUUUCGUGCUAACAUCUGCGAUGACCUUUGUCAUCGAUUACAUCAUGAACAUGCUAUCGAAGAGCCUACUGAGAAUCAGAUUUAUGACUAUGGACUCUUUCUUAUUGACGAAAUCCUUCGUGAUUCAAAUCACUCACUUGCUAGAUGUUCUUCAAUGCCACUUUGGGAGCAUAACUGGGAUCUUUGUCGCGGAAAUCGUCUUAUUGCUGAACAAUUAACAUGGGACCAUGAGGAACUUCGAAAGUUGGUGGACAACCACACUCAACAGCUAAACGACGAACAGUGUGCUGCAUAUCACAGUGUUCUCAACUCAAUAACUAAUAGACAUGGAAAUUUAUUUUUUCUAAACGGACCUGCUGGAUCUGGUAAAACAUUUGUUUAUAAUACACUUGCAAUGAAGGUUCGCA